UAUAUAGCUCACCUCACCUUGAGUGGGGAAAAGAAAAAAGAAGCAGGGGAAACAAAGAAGAAGAAGAAGAAGAAGAAGCAAUGAGAAUUCAUGGAGGCAAUCUGGUACGGGCACUGAAACUGUUCAAAUCCUCUGCACCAAUAAUACCACGACACCCAAACCAACCUCACAAUCUUCGUUCUUCCAUCAUUUCUCUCAUCUCCAACUACUUUCGCUCUUACUCUACACCCACAGAAGUGCAGCAGCAGCAACCUCAGCUGUCGGCCGACCUCGUUAGAAUAAUGGAACAAAGGUUGUCGGCUAUUGAACAUAGGACUACUUGUCUUUACAAUCUCAUCAACCAGCCAGAAGCGUCACCGGCAGAGUAUGCAAGGGCUAAUAAGGAGCUCCGGAAGCUCAGGGGUUCUAUGGAGCUUAUAGCUCACUUGAGGACUAAACAGAAGGAGAUUAAUGGUUUGAAGUCACUGAUGGCUGAAUGUCCACAAGACAAAGACAUGCUUGAUAUGGCCAAUGAGGAAUUAGGUCAGGCUAUUGAAGAAGAGAAAAGGCUGCAGAGUUUGCUGCUCAAGUCCUUACUUCCAAAGGAUGAUGCUGAUGAGAGGGACAGUAUCUUGGAGGUGAGAGCAGGAACGGGUGGGGAAGAGGCUUCUUUGUUUGCAAUGGAUGUGUUUAAAAUGUAUGAGAGAUACUCACAAAAGAAAGGUUGGAAAUUUGAAGUUGUAGAUAUAACAGAGUCUGAUCUUAAAGGAUACAAGGAAGCCAGUGCAGCAAUCUCAGGAGCAGGUGUUUAUGGGAAACUUAAAUUUGAGAGUGGGAUUCACAGAGUUCAGCGAGUCCCAGUCACAGAGAAGUCUGGACGUGUUCACACCAGUGCUGUUUCUGUUGCUAUCCUUCCUCAGGCUGAUGAGGUAGAUGUCCAGUUGAGGAAUGAAGAUUUGAGAAUUGAUACCUAUAGAUCUGGUGGUUCUGGUGGGCAGCAUGCAAAUACCACAAACAGUGCUGUUAGAAUAACUCAUAUUCCAACUGGGAUGACAGUGGCCAUACAAGAUGAGCGAUCUCAGCAUAUGAACAAAGCCAAAGCACUUAAGGUGCUGUGCGCAAAGCUAUAUGAAAUAGAAAGGUCUAGAAUUCAGAUCAGUAGAUCAAAACUACGAUUGGAGCAGAUUGGUAGUGGGGACAGAUCUGAACGCAUCCGUACAUACAACUUUCCUCAAGGGCGUGUCACUGAUCACCGUGUUGGUAUCACUCAUUAUGCAAUAGAUGAUGUGAUGCAGGGAGAAAAUCUAGAUGUCUUCAUCGAUGCUCUUCUUUUGCAGCAGGAAAUGGAUGCAAUUGCAUCUUUUAGUACUUCCAAGUGAUAAUUGUUAUUUAUUUAUUUAUUUUUGAUUCAAUUGAAAAUCACUUUCUUUACAUUUUUCCAUUCCUUUAUGUAGAGAGAGAAAAAGAGAGCUCAUGAUUUUUUUUUUAGAGGUAUGAUUUAUGUUGUCAUUAAAUGAAACAACACAUGCUCUACAUGCGGGUUUACCAUCAUUUUUGUUUGCGUAAGAUGAUGACAUAAAACAGUAGACAUUUUCAUCA